UAAUGUAGAUAAAGUCCAGACACGAUUCACACACAGCUUAUCUUUCAGACAGUGAAAGACAGAAUGUUUCUGAAAUAUUUAGUCAUCUGUGUUUUCAUUUCUGUACCGAGUGUUAAUUGUUGUAGUACUGGAUUUGUACAGUACCACGACAAGUGUUACUUCUUCAGUCACACGACUGCAUCGUGGGCCCAGGCGGGGGCUACAUGUCAGCAGUUUCAUACAAAGUUAGCCGAGCCGAGGACAGUUGGAGAAUCGGACUUUCUUACAAGCCAUAGUCAAAGCACAGGUAAAACUUAUUGGAUCGGCAUAUCCGACAUUCUGGAAGAACAUCGAUGGAUAUACUCAUCAGAUAUGGGGGUGAUCACGGUUAAUAACUUCUUCCCAGGAGAACCCACAGCACAUACAACAGAAAAUUGUGUCGCUUUGUACAUGUACCACUCUUUACAUGGGAUGUGGGCCGAUGCAGCAUGCGUUGAUGAUUUUUACUUUGUAUGUGAGGAAAUUAGAGGAGCUUCAAAUCCAGAAGUUGUGGGUUGAGGUGACUAAUACUGGCAUACUUCAGAGAAACUGUAAAAUCAAAUUACAAUGAUUAAACGUUAUGUUUGUC